AUGCGACGGAGCGGUGGACAAGUGAACCGGCUGCAGGAACGUUAUGGUGACACCGUGGUCCCGUCGCUCCGCAAGGAGUUCGGGUACACGAGCGUCAUGGCGGUGCCGAAGCUCGAACGGGUCGUGGUCAACAUGGGGCUGGGCGAAGCCACGCAGAACCCGAAGCUGAUCGAGGCGGGCGCCGACGAGUUGAUGCGGAUCACCGGACAGAAGCCGGUAACCACCAGAGCCCGCAAGUCGGUUGCGGCCUUCAAGCUGCGGCAGGGGAUGGCCAUCGGAACGAUGGUGACGUUGCGCGGCGAGCGGAUGUACGAGUUUCUCGACCGUCUGAUCUCGAUUGCCCUGCCGCGCGUGCGGGACUUCCGCGGCAUUUCGCCGAACGGUUUCGACGGCCGCGGGAACUACACGUUGGGGCUCCGCGACCAGCUGAUUUUUUGGAAAUCGACUACAUGA